GCUGUCAUAAGUCAUAUGUCAAAUUAGGAUUUUGAUCAGAAUAUUGCGAAUUGGUUUGUUAUUAUUUCCUUUUACAGAUUGUGUCCUAUUUAUUCCGUGUUCAGUAUAUUCCCUUUGGCAUUGGUUUGUUAUACGAUUUAACUUUAGUUUAGUGCCUUUCUUAUAGCCUCUAUGUGUAUCAACAAGCCGUUGGUAACCUUAAAAAAUUAAGUGAACAAUGCCGACUUUUACGAUGUAUUUGUAAUAAUGGAUUCUUCUAAAGAUUCUUCAUCUAUGAGGAAUUCUGUACAUCUUGAUGGCGAAGGAGAAAAAAACAGAAAUUUCAAGAGUACUCAUAGUUUGUCUGGGCAAAGAGAUAACACAGAAAAUACGUUUACACCUACCGCAAAUCCAAGUUCUAGCUUUGUUCCCUUGAAUGGACCUCGGACGAAUCACAUGAAUUCCUUAGCUGGCAAUGAACCAGGUCCUCAAUCUAGCAAGUGUAGCGAAAGUCAUCCUGAAACUAAUAAAAAUCUUUGUAAUUCUACUCAAUCACAAAUGUGUAACAAGAAAGUGGGUAACUCAAACACUGAUCAGGCGGAUACUGCGGUUGCGGGUAACAGCAGGUCUAUACCGACCUUGUAUGACAAUGGUACAGAGUCCAACCCAGACAAGCAGUCAUGUCAGAGACACAAAGUGUGCUUGGACAAGGCAGGAAGCAGCAGUCUACCCUCAACUAGUGGAACAAGCAGAGCUAGUGACAACCCUGAGAGCAGUCAGUCCUUCAGAGAGAAUAGAAAAAGGCCAUCAAGCCUGAAGUUAAAUAGGCCUAACUUAGAUGAUGAGAGUUCUAGUGACACUGGCAAUGAUGAUUAUUCAUUAGGGUCAGAAGAUGGGUGUAUUUACACAUACAGGGGUGGGGAACACUUGGCUGAUUUGCCAAGCUCAUUCUUCAGUUUAGACAUGGGAUUGCCUUUAGACAAGCAUUUACCCAUGCCUAACUAUGUUGGGCCUCAGCAGGGGCUGCUGGUUAGGGAGCAGCCCUCAAGAGCAUCUAGUCCUGACAUGGAUUUCUUGGAAAUGGACUUUGAUCCAGGACCUUCAUGUGAGGUGGAUACCGGUGACGAGUCUUCCCCUGAUGCUGAUUUAGAGUCUGCAAGUAAUAUGCCUGAGGAAAAUGAGCCUGUGUUGAGAGGGACUUCUCCAGAAUACGUGGCUCCUAGGAGCUUUCCUGCACCAGUGCCUGUCCUUGUGAACCCAGCGUUGGAGUCUUACGGGAGUGCUGACCUAUAUUCAUACAGUGUGCCAUCAACAAGUCGAGGAGUGACCGGUGGUCAUGGUGAUGCUCCAGAAAGCAGUAGCACACAUGUAGACCAGAACUACAGUUUUGGUCCAUAUAUCACUCAUGUGAAUUCCAGGGGUGAGCAGCUUAUUGUCAGGAGGACUAUGUCACAUGGGCCUAUUAACUUUCCUGGCAGCGUGCAUGUCACCAGUGGGGAUUUGGUCUCACCAAGGGAGAUUUUGAGCUAUGAUACGGAACAUUUGGAAGGACCAUUUGCAUAUCAAAUCAACCAGGGUUCUUCAAUAGACACAGCCAAUCUGUCAUCAGCUUUAUAUCAUGUAACUAUGGCCAAGAAACUGAUCGCUGAAAAGACUAAAUUAGAUGCUGAAAACCAGGCUGCUGCUAAGGCGACGGAAGCGACAGCGAGUACGAGUUCAAGUAGCGCGGCGUGCGUGGAGCCCCCGCGGUGUAUGAUAUGGUCGGAGUGCGAGGCCUGCGAGCGACAGGUCACGCAGAUCAGCACCUCGGCCUGCGGGGCCACUGCUGUUGUUAAUGUUUUUAAUGCGCUGGGCGUGCCUGUGAAUCUAGAGAAGAUAAGUUCAUCUGUUGGUACGAGACAAAGAGCUAAUAAUGCUCCAUUACCUAGAUAUUUAUUAUCUCGAGCCGUGGCUGGUUGUACGGCGGCGGACCUGGUCACCGGUAUACACAGGGCUUCUGAUGGGCUGGUGACUGCGCGGUUCUUCCCAACGCACCCUGAACGGGUCAUAUCCUUGUCACAUUGGUUGGCUGACUGGAUUACUCUUGGUGCAGUACCAAUCCUAACACUAAACCUCCAAGCUGGCUGCGACAACGACAUCCCAGACGCAUGGCAUCAUCAAAUGGUGUUCGGUGUGUCGCCCCGCGGGGUCUACCUCUGUAACCCCGUGGAGUGCGUCCGCGAGGCAACACUGUGGCCACAUCUCACGUCACCCUCAGUAUUACUGAUAAAGACUAGAGAUGUGCUGUCGAGGUUCACUGCCGAUACAGACUUGACACCCUUGAUGGUCGUGCCGGAUCGAAGAUUCCAUACUUUUAAUGUGCUUGGUCAAGUAAUAAGUGUGAUCCGGGAAUGUCGCGCGAUAGGCUGGGGGGAGUAUGGUACCCGGACUCGUCACAUUCGCAUCCCGGCGUCCUACCAGGCCGGGGUGACGGUCGCAGCGCUUACAGGCUCCGAGGCACAUCGCCGGCUCAUGGUAGCCCCCCAACUCCCCAUUAUUGACCCCGCAUGAACAAGUGCGUAUCAUUUUAUAUCACCUUUUCAAUAACAUCAGUAAAUGUAUAUAGAAAUAUGUAAUGUUUGGGAAGGUUAAGACCAGGUCUCACUGGUUACCAAUAAAGUGUCUGAUAUGCUAUCUGCUAGGUAAAGGCUGCUUAUAAUUUCUGUCAGAUAAGUUCCUGAUAGACUAUCAGAGACUUUAUCAGUAUUUGGUGAAAGUGGUCAUAAACAUAAGGUGAGCUGCGGCUGAGUAUUUUGCCGCGCAUUUUAAGUGUUCACUUAAGGAUUGGUUGUUUGGUCCGUACUGUCGGAUAUGUGAUGUUACGGUAUUACCUAAUUAGAUUGAUUCGUGUGUCGAUUAUGUAUGCACCCUAUUCUAGACGGUGUUCAGUGAAUUUUGUGUGUUCCAAAAGGUGAUAGGUGGCUUAAUCGCGCGACGAUUUAUUCAGCUAAAUUGCACGUGAAAUAAUCGGUGAAAAGUAAUAUAAUAAUUAUAUUGACUGAAUUGGUAGCACUACUCUAAAAGACGUUGAAUUUUCACUCUAACCAUUUCAUGGUUAUGAUGUAAGAAAAUUUUAUUCCGUUCGUGACUGAUGUCUUGUUUGGUAUUCAAAAUGCCAAUGUGUGCACGCCAAAUAGCUGUAGAUAUUCUAAUACUGAUGUAGUGAAUAGUUCUAUAGGUACCUUAUUUAGCAUCGUAAUAUAAACGACGUAUUCGUGAGAAAGUGAGACAGCGCUUAGGAUAGUGCUCGUUAAAGAGAACAAAAAUCACUCGGCUACCGAGAUCUGUCGCUUACACUAUUUCCAAUUUGUUUAUUUUACUUUAUACUCGUGUAUAAUACAUAACCGCAUGUGAAUAACAUUUAGAAAGUAUUAAAACUGAUUUCGAAUAGUGGAAAAUGUUCGCGAGUAACAAUAAUUGUACCGUCGUAAGAAUAAAAGCAACACAUUUUUGCUUAUAAUGGAACACUUGAUAGUUAACGAGGACCACCGAAUUAAACAUUGUAUUAUAAAUAACCCGAUCUGAUCACAAAUAAAUAUUGAUAAAUGUCGGAAAAGAUAGUCGCAGGCGCAUCAUUGCAGCUGAAAAGUUACUUAGCAUGUUUUGGCUAUGGUUUGUUACCGUCUCUAUCUAACUUAUGUGGUUCGACAUUUGUACGACAGAGAUAGGUAUAUUUGAUCUUAAAACGUACCAAGUGAUUUCUUUUUAUUUCGGCCCUAAUUUUCUCUUUUCUCGAUGAUUUAGCAAGCUUUGUAUUUUUGUGUAAAUAUUUUCAUUUAAAUAAUUAUUUUUAAUUCGAAACAGUUCGAUUCUGUUUCAACUAUUAAAGUCGGUUGUCAUAGUAACAGAUUUUUAGCUAAUGUGAAGACAUUCGGGGACUUCAACCCGAGACCGUAUUUAUCGAUUUUAUUACAUACUAGAUUCAAAAUAAAAAUGUACUUUAAACAGUGAUGUAUUUAGAUGGCAGGUUUCAUACUAAAUAACAAUUCAAUAUAAACGAAUAUAUAGGCUUGCUCACACUUAAUUUAUAUUGCUUGCAUUGUACGAUACUGUAUGAAAAUAAUAUCGAUGAAAUUUCAACCUUAUUCAACGCAAUAAAGAUCACAACUGAAUAUUAAUGGCAGUGUUGCCAUCAACCUAAGUUUAGCAAUAACAAUAUUAAACGAGCAUGUAUGUUUAACCGUACAAACUUACUAACAUAUAUUUUUAGUUACGGAUAUGCACAAAUAACGUAUUUUAUUCAAUAAAUAUUAGCUAUUUUAUGUUAACUGGGCUGCAUUAUCGUACGUCGCUCAAAAAAAAAAACGAUAAUUUCACUGUGUAUAAUAGUUAUCUACUUAUUUAGUAACCGAAUGUUUUCGUAAACUGAAGCUGUGUGAUUGGCUAAAUUUUAUUAGCCAAAUAAGAUUGUACAUAGAUUUUGUAAGGGAAAAUAUUGUUAGUCAAUUGGUGCUUACUAGUCAAAAUUAUAUUAGCACGUACUAAAGUUUGCUAUUCAAGUGGGGAACGCAUCAUUUUAUGGCACUCCUUAUUUCAAACUAAAGAACGGGAUCGAAAAUCGUUUUCAUUUGUUUAGAAUUAGCUGCACUUACAUACUUCUUGUAAGUGAGUCGUUCGAACUAAUAUCAACUCUAAGCUCAACAAAUAUGGUUCAAUUUCAGUUGAAUAGCCCGGUCCAUAAAAAAGUUGUGUUUCACAUUUGAACAGCAGAAGUCUUGUAGUCAUUUCAACACGACAAAAUAUACCUACACAUGUAAACGUUAUCGCACUUGAUGCUAACGCUUAACUCUGUACUCUAUUCGGUAAUUAAUUUAAUAUGUUACGAGGUUGUUACGAGGUGUUUCUGAGUAUACCCGAACGUUUCCGAACGUUGCCGAAUACUUCCGAUGGUUUAUUGUUGUUUUGGAUUGUUACUUAAAGUUUUCGACUGGCAACAAUAACACUGUACUUAUUCGCAGUGUGUUUAUGUUAUUUAUUAUUAUAAAUAGUUUAAAUGUUAAUAUAUUAUAGUUCUAUUUCGUAAUAGGUUAUAUUAUGUUGUCUACUCAAGGAUUUCUCAUUACUUUUCUGUGCCUAAAUUGUCUCGACCAAGACAUGCAAAAGAAAGUUGAACAAAAGAACCCAAGCAGUAUUAGCUAGCUCAAAUACUGAGUUCCUAAAGUUAUUUAUUUAUUAUUCACAAAACAAAAAACUUACACGCACUUUCCUAUAAAUAAAACAUUUUACAUGUAAAUUAUUAAAACAAAGGCCUUGAGUGGUAACAAAUCGUUGUUUAUUUAUAUAAAAAUAAAUACUCUUACUACCACCUCGUAACAACUACUCAAAUUGUCAGUAGUGUAGGUAUAAUAUUUUGCAAAAGUGGUUAAUUUAAAAUUUCGCAUUUUACUUUAAGUACCUACUGCUGUUUGUGAAGGGUCAGUUACACUACCCCUUAUACUCGAUUAUAUAAAGCAAUGUCAUGUAUAACAUUAUAUUUUUGGAAUAUACUAUGAUAGAACCCAAA